AUGUUCUCCGCUUUCCGACAGGUCUCUCGCCCCGCAACUUUCGCUGUGCGCGCUGCACGGAGGCCAGCGGUCGUAGGCGCUUUCCGCGCUACACCAUUUGUGCGGACGUUGAUCACUAAAAGAUAUACGGAGGAUCAUGAGGCUAUCGUGUUUGACGACAGCACGAUGACGGGCACCGUGUACAUCACGGACUAUGCUCAGUCUAGUUUGGGCGACGUCGUCUUCGUCGAGCUGCCCGUGGAGGGGACGAAUGUUCUCAUGGGUGACCAGAUUGGUGCGGUCGAGAGUGUGAAGGCGGCGUCGGAUAUCUAUGCACCCCUUUCCGGCAAGAUUGAGGAGGUCAACCAUGAGUUGUCCGACCAGCCUGGGCUGCUGAACAAGUCACCCGAGGAUAAGGGCUGGCUAUGCAAAAUUAAGGUCAAGGAUGUAGCAGAGAUGGAGAACCUGCUAACGGAGGACGCCUAUAAGCAGCAUUGCGAACACUAA